AUGUCUGAAUCCCAAAAUUCUGUUAAACUUCACAUCCUAGACAUUUCUGAGCCAGUAUUGCACCCAUCCUCUCUAUCCUCUCUUGCUGAAACCUGCAGAACAUGGGGUUUCUUCCACAUUACCAAUCAUGGGAUUUCCAGUGACCUUUACAGCAAAAUAUGUUCCAUCUCAAAAGAACUCUUCAACCUCCCUUCUGAAACUAAACUCAAACUUGGUCCUUUCUCUUCCACAAGAACUUACACCCCUCAUUUCAUAGCCUCUCCAUUCUUCGAAAGCCUCAGAGUUUCUGGUCCAAACUUCUUUGCAUCUGCUCAAAAUUCUGCAGAUAUUCUAUUUGACCAACAGUGUUCUCUGUUCAGUGAGAUGUUGCAAGAAUAUGGAAGCAAGAUGGUAGAACUGUCAAAGAAGAUCAUGGAGACCUUGUUGAUGAGCUUAGGGGACGGAUUUGAGACGAAAUACAAGUCGGAAUUUAAGAACUGCCAUGGCUAUUUGAGGAUAAACAACUACUCUCCUCCAGAGAAUCUAGAAGAUCAUGGUGAGGUUGAGGGGCUGGGAAUGCACACUGAUAUGAGCUGUGUAACAAUAAUCUAUCAGGACAAAAUGGGAGGGCUUCAAGUGAGAUCAGAGGAAGGGAAGUGGAUGGACAUAAGUCCAUGUGAGGGAACACUUUUGGUGAACAUAGGGGACAUGUUGCAAGCUUGGAGCAAUGAGAAGUUGAGGUCAUCCGAGCACCGGGUGGUCCUAAGGCGACCCGAAAACCGCUUCUCUCUAGCUUUCUUCUGCUGUUUUGAGGAUGACAAGGUGGUCUUGGCACCGGAUGAUGUUGUAGGAGAAGGAAAUAUGAGAACCUACAAGCCCUUUGUUUGCUUGGAUUACCUCAAGUUCAGAGAGAAUAAUGAGAGAGGUAAGUUUGAAAAGGUUAAGUUCACAGUAAAAGAUUUUGCUGGUGUCAAUACACAAGCAAUUUAA